ACGUGUCACUUGGAAAAUUUGUGCAAUUUGUGUGCGUGUUUUUACAUAAAAUAGUUAAUUAAUUUGAAAUUCAAUGUGUAUUUCUUAUUGUUAAAUGUGACCCACAUGCUGACAAUUGUUUCUAUAUAAUUUUAGACAACAAAUUGCGUCGGAGUGCUUAGUCGCAGCAGUAAAAGCAAAAACCGACAGAGUCUUUCAGACAACAACAAUCAAAGGAAGAAAUUGCCAACAUGUUGACAAAUUUCGAGUCGAAAUCGGCUCGUGUCAAGGGCCUGUCGUUUCAUCCGAAACGCCCCUGGAUACUGACCAGUUUGCACAGCGGCGUCAUCCAGUUAUGGGACUAUCGCAUGCACACGCUGCUCGAGAAGUUCGAUGAGCAUGACGGACCUGUGCGUAGUGUCGCCUUCCAUCAACAGAUGCCGCUGUUCGUCUCCGGCGGCGAUGAUUACAAGAUCAAGGUGUGGAACUAUAAGCAGCGUCGCUGCAUUUUCACACUGCUCGCCCAUUUGGAUUAUGUGCGCACGGUGGCCUUCCAUCAUGAGUAUCCCUGGAUCCUGAGUGCGUCCGACGAUCAGACGAUACGCAUUUGGAACUGGCAGUCUAGGAACUGCAUCUGUGUGCUCACCGGUCACAAUCAUUAUGUGAUGUGCGCCCAAUUCCAUCCCACAGAGGAUCAGAUUGUGUCCGCCUCGCUGGAUCAGACGGUACGCGUCUGGGACAUCUCAGGAUUGCGCAAGAAGAAUGUGGCACCCGGUCCCGGUGGUCUGGACGAGCAUCUCAAGGGUCAUCCCGGUGCCACCGAUCUCUUUGGCCAGGCCGAUGCGGUGGUUAAGCAUGUGCUCGAGGGUCACGAUCGUGGCGUCAACUGGGCCAGUUUCCAUCCCACCCUGCCGUUGAUUGUGUCCGGUGCCGAUGAUCGCCUCGUGAAGUUGUGGCGCAUGAACGAGUACAAGGCGUGGGAGGUGGACACGUGCCGCGGCCACUACAACAAUGUGUCCUGUGUGCUAUUCCAUCCACGACAGGAUCUGAUCAUCUCGAACGGUGAGGAUCGCAGCAUACGCGUCUGGGACAUGACCAAGCGCCAGUGCCUGUUCACCUUCCGUCGGGACAACGAACGCUUUUGGAUUAUGGCUGCACAUCCCACAUUGAAUCUGUUUGCAGCCGGUCACGAUGCUGGCAUGGUGGUCUUUAAGCUGGAACGAGAGCGUCCCGCCUAUGCCGUACAUGGAAAUAUGCUGUACUAUGUCAAGGAUCGUUUUCUGCGCAAACUGGACUUUACCACAACGAAGGAUACGGUCGUGAUGCAACUGCGUCCCGGCAAGUCGCCCGUGUAUAGCAUGUCCUACAAUCCGGCACUGAAUGCGGUGCUCAUCUGCACGCGUACCAACAAUCUGGAGAAUAGCACCUAUGAUCUCUGCCAGAUACCGAAGGAUAGCGAAAGCGAGCGUCAGAAUGAAUCGGAUAGCAAACGAAGCUCGGGCAUCACAGCCAUUUGGGUGGCACGCAAUCGUUUCGCAGUGCUCGAUCGCAAUCAGCAGCUGGUGGUGAAGAACUUCAAGAACGAAGUGACCAAAAAGAUACCCACCUUCUGUGAGGAGAUCUUCUAUGCCGGCACUGGCAUGCUGCUCAUCCGUGAUCCCGAAUAUGUGACGCUGUACGAGGUGCAACGAUUGGUUUCCGUUGGCAGCAUUAAGCUGGCUAAGUGUCGCUAUGUCGUCUGGUCACCAGAUAUGUCGCUGGUGGCGCUGCUCUGUAAGCAUUCGGUGACAAUCUGUGAUCGCCGGCUGCAGUAUCUGUGCACCGUGCAGGAGAAUUGUCGCGUCAAGUCGGGCGCCUGGGAUGAAUCUGGAGUCUUUAUCUAUACGACCAGCAAUCACAUUAAAUAUGCCAUCACCAAUGGAGAUCAUGGCAUCAUACGCACUCUGGAUCUGCCUAUCUAUUUGACACGAGUCAAGGGCAAUCAGGUAUUCUGUUUGGAUCGGGAAUGUCGCACUCGUGUCCUCCACAUCGAUUCGACGGAAUACAAAUUCAAAUUGGCCCUGAUUCAGCGCAAAUAUGAUGAAGUUUUGCACAUGGUGAGGAAUGCCCGACUGGUCGGUCAGAGCAUCAUUGCGUAUCUGCAGCAGAAGGGCUAUCCGGAGGUGGCUCUGCAUUUCGUCAAGGAUGAGAAGACACGCUUUGGCCUGGCCCUGGAGUGUGGAAAUAUUGAGAUUGCUUUGCAGGCGGCCAAAGCACUCGACGACAAGGACUGUUGGGAUCGGCUGGGACAGGCGGCUCUACUCCAAGGCAAUCAUCAGGUGGUCGAGAUGUGCUAUCAACGCACCAAGAACUUUGACAAGCUGAGCUUCCUCUACCUAAUCACUGGUAAUCUGGAGAAGCUCAAGAAGAUGAACAAGAUUGCAGAGAUACGCAAGGAUAUCUCGGCGCAGUAUCAGGGUGCUCUGCUCCUGGGGGAUGUGCGGGAACGCGUGAGCAUUCUCAAGAAUUGUGGCCAGCUAUCGCUGGCGUAUCUCACAGCGGCCACACAUGGUCUGGGCGAUCUCACCGAAUCGCUGGGCGCGCACAUAACCGGCGAGGGCAGCACUUUGCCGGAGGUGAAUCCGAAUGCACAGCUCCUGCAACCGCCUGUGCCCAUCCAGCAGCUGGAGACCAAUUGGCCCUUACUGUCCGUCUCCAAGGGCUUCUUUGAGGGCGCAAUGGUGACGCGGGCGGGCAACAGUGCCACAGCUCGCCAGGCGCUCAACAUCAAUGCGGAUGCUGCGCUUCUCGACGAGCAUAAUGGCGGCGGAGAUGGCUGGGGGGCUGAUGCCGAUCUUGGCCUGGGCGAGGACGAUGAUGGCGAUGAGGAGAUGCACGAUGCGCUCAGCAAUGAUGAGGGACACGAUGAAUCGGGCGGCGGCGGUGGUGGCUGGGAUGUGGGCGAUGAUGAUCUCGUCGUACCACUUGAAUUGGCCUCGAAGAUUAAAGCCUCGGCGCUGGACAGCAACUAUUAUGCGGCGCCCAAUAAGGGUCAAUCGCCGGCUCAGCACUGGGCCAAUAAUUCGCAACUGGUGCUGGAUCAUGUGAAGGCUGGUGCCUUCAAUAGCGCCUUCCGGCUGCUCAACGAUCAGCUGGGCGUCGUCAAUUUCAAGCCCUUCAAGAUACUGUUUCUGCAGAGCUACGCCUGUUCACGCACCAGCUACACAGCUAAUCCCAAUCUGCAAUCCCUCAGCGGUUAUCCGCUUCGCAAUUUUGGUGAAACGAAUCCAAAGCAACAACGGCCAGCGUUGGGCAUUAAAUUGAACGAGUUGGUGUCCCGCCUGCAGGCUGGCUACCAGAUGACUACAUCCGGCAAAUUCACCGAAGCCAUCGAGAAAUUCCACUCCAUAUUGAUUAGUAUACCGCUGCUGGUGGUCGAGACCAAACUGGACACGGCAGAAGCCCAACAGCUGCUCAAAAUCUGUGCCGAGUAUAUUGUUGGCCUGAAGAUGGAAACGGUGCGCAAGGGCAUGCCCAAAUCAACGCUGGAAGAGCAGAAGCGUCUCUGUGAAAUGGCUGCCUAUUUUACACACUGCAAACUGCAACCAGUCCAUCAGAUCCUCACGCUGCGCACCGCACUGAAUAUGUUCUUCAAGCUGAAGAAUUAUAAGACGGGCGCAUCGUUUGCACGUCGUCUGCUGGAGCUGGCUCCACGGCCGGAGGUGGCACAGCAGGUACGCAAAAUACUCCAAGCGUGCGAAGUGAAUCCCGUCGACGAGCAUCGACUGGAGUAUGAGGAGUUCAAUCCGUUCAACAUAUGCGCCAUCAGCUGGAAACCGUUGUACCGUGGCAAGCCGGAGGUCACUUGUCCGUUCUGCAGCUCCGCCUAUGAUCCGCAGUACAAGGGACAAAUCUGCACCGUUUGCGAGGUCAGUCAGAUUGGCAAGGAUUGCAUCGGUCUGCGCAUUUCCAAUCUGCAAUUCCGUUGAAAACGUUAAUUGUAUUUUGAUUUAUUUUUAAUAUAUAUAUUUACAUACACAUAAAUAUCAUGCAUCAUAUGAAAUGUUAAUCAGCUUUUUAUUUAUAAGAAUUAUAGCUAUUGUUAACGCAAUUCAAUAAAAUCUAAAUGGAAAUCGA